UAUACUACACACACAUAUAUAUAGAUGUAUUUGCACUUGAAACAAUCACAAAUAUCCUUCCCUUCCCUUCCCUUCCCUUCCUUCCUUCUCUCUUUACAAUGGAUCUUUUAUUCUUAUCCCUCCUUCCCUUCUUAUUGUACUCGUUGUUUUGCCUUUCCAAGUUGAUUCUUCAACGUAGAGGCCAAACAUGUUACAUGUUAGCUUACGAGUGCUUUAAACCCCCAGAAGACACGAAACUUGACACGGAUUCCUGUGCAAGAAUCGUCCUGAGAAACAAGAACCUGAGGUUGGAGGAGUUAAGGUUUCUCCUGAAAACCAUUGUCAGUUCAGGGAUUGGAGAGAGCACUUACUGCCCAAGAAACGUUCUUGAGGGAAGAGAAGCAUGUCCUAAUCUUAAAGACACCUACGAAGAAAUAGACGAGAUCAUGUUUGAUACACUCGAUAACCUCUUCAAAAGGACCGGUUUUUCUCCCUCGGACAUAGACAUUCUUGUGGUGAACGUGUCCUUGUUCUCCCCUGCCCCUUCUCUCACGGCACGCAUCAUAAACAGAUACAAAAUGAGGGAGGACGUAAAGGCCUUCAACCUUGCAGGAAUGGGGUGCAGUGCAAGCGUGGUUGGUAUUGAUGUGGUGCAGCAACUGUUCAAGACGUACAAGAACGCUCUUGGAAUUGUUGUGAGCACUGAGGACCUUGGUGCACAUUGGUACUGUGGAAGGGACAAGAAAAUGAUGCUUUCGAACUGUCUCUUCCGCACUGGUGGAUGCUCCAUGCUGUUCACAAACAAGACUGCACUGAAGAACCGUGCAAUCCUGAAACUGAAGCACAUGGAGAGGACUCAGUUUGGUGCAGAUGAUGAGGCUUACAACUGCUGCAUACAAGUGGAAGAUGAGAAAGGGUAUUCAGGUUUUCGCCUAACCAAAAGUCUUGUGAAGUCUGCAGCACAGGCCUUGACAGUGAACCUUCAAGUGAUGGCUCCAAGGGUUCUGCCACUAUGGGAAAUGGUACGGUUCUUUGUUGCAUCUAUCCAAAACAGUGGCAUGAAAAAGAGGGAGAUGCUACCCUUUAUUACUUCGUUCUUUCUUGGCAAUGGUAAAAUAAAGAAGGUGGCAUUCAAUGUGUUGGGAGGGGGUUUGAACUUCAAGUCUGGGAUAGAGCACUUUUGUAUACACCCUGGUGGAAGGGCAGUUAUUGAUGGGGUUGGUAAGGGUUUAAGGCUAAAUGAAAAUGACCUUGAACCUUCUAGAAUGGCACUUCAUCGUUGGGGUAACACAUCUGCUGGUGGCCUUUGGUACGUUUUGGGUUACAUGGAGGCUAAGAAGAGGCUCAAGAAGGGUGAUAGGAUCCUCAUGAUCAGCCUUGGAGCUGGUUUUAAGUGCAAUAACUGUGUUUGGGAGGUGAUGAGGGAUUUGUCAGAAACUAAUGUGUGGAAGGACUGCAUAGACAGAUACCCUCCAAACACACUAAACAACCCUUUCAAGGAAAAGUACAACUGGAUCCAUGAUGAAUAUCUUAGCUUUGUGAGGUUGGAUUUCAGCAGGGUGGUCCUUUAGGAGGAUCCGAUACAACGAAAAGACAAGAGAGAGAGAUAGUUCAGUAAAGUAACGAAGAAGAGAAAGGAAAAGAAAAUAAACAAUCUCAAACUAUACAUGUACUUAGGAAGUUGUGUCAUGUUAAUUUCCUGCUUUAGUUUUAAAAUAUUUGUUUUCGUCCUCGUUGAAAAAUAUAGUCUUAGUUAUUGGCCAGAUGAAAACAAAGUGUAGAGUAAAUUUGUUGAGGUAAACCUCAAAAUCCUGUACUGUUGUGUUAUUGAUGAAAUAAAGCUCAUGCCAUUAAUGUGGAUAUGAUAUGGUUCUCAGUUGUAGUUGCUGGUAACAUAAGUUUCCGUAUGGCCGUGGAAUUUUAUAUAUGUUUCUCAUGAGUGUUCUUGAGAUGUAAACUUUUGUCCUGCGUGCUUGCUCAUUUGGGUUUCUAAAAC